GGAGCGCAGCACCAUUACGCGCGGAGCGACGUGGCGCACGGCGGCGGCCGCGGGUUCGAGGACCCGUUCCCGGAGCCGGGGUUCCGCAGCUUCACCUUCUCCCGCUCCCUGUCCAGGGGCAGCGGGGCCAUGAUGAUGAUGGGCGGCAUGAGCGGCUCGUCCUUCAACGCCAUCAACCAGCGCGCCGCCGGCCUGCAGGGCCAGGUCACCGACAACCUGAAGAGAGCCGACGUCACGCUGCAGUCGGGCGGCGACCCGAGCGAGGUGGAGUUCUACCUGGGCCAGGCCCGGGACGGCCUGGAGAAGUUGAGGAUGUGUGCGGCCGAGCUGAGCCACGUGGGCCAGCCCAACGACGGCAUCCUGAGGAGCGUGCGGCUGUGCAGCGAGCAGCUGAAGGACGUCCACAUGGCCAUGACGGCCAUGACGGGGGGCAGCGUGCAGCGGCGCAGGAGCACCCGCGGGAGCAGCGGUGGCGGCGGCUGGGACGAGACGCCCCGGAGCUUCACCGACGCCAUGGGCUGGAUCAGCCAACAGAAGCGCCUGGUGGAGACGGCUGCGUGGGGAGACGACCCCGGGGCCGUGGACCAGCAGCUGAUCAGCCACCAGAAAUACCACAGCUCCAUCCAGAGGAGCAGCGAGAUGGACCGGGCCCGGGACGAGCUGAUGAAGAGAGGAGACAAGUCGGGGAAGCACACGCUGGAGCAGGAAUACGACAACCUGCAGAGGAUGUCGGUGUCCCGGAUCGAGCAUCUGCGAGACCUGGUGGAAAUCCUGCAGGAAAUCUCCCGGGAGAUCAUGUGGGUGAACGACCGCGAGGAGGAGGAGCUGGUGUUCGACUGGGGGGACAAGAACAUCGACCAGUACAUCCCCCGGAAGCAGGAGAGCUACUCGAAACUGAUGAGCGCGCUGGAGGACAAAGAGAAGGAGCUGUACAAGCUGCUGACCAAAGUGGACGGGCUCCUGAAGAACAACCACCCGGCGUCGGACAAGAUCGAGGCCUACAAGGACACUCUGCAGACACAGUGGAGUUGGCUUCUUCAAAUCACCAAAUGCAUCGAUUCUCACAUGAAGGAGAACGGCGCCUACAGCCUGUUCUUCAAGGAGGCUAAUGAAACGUACAGCGCCCUGCAAAAGGAACAUGAGACGGUUCGCAAAAUGUUCACCUGUGACAAGAACACGUUGCUGGAGGACCUGAAGGAGCUGCUCACGGGCCUGGAGAUGGAAAAGGAGAAGAUUAUGGAGCACAAACGGCAAGUGCAGCACCUGGUGAGCCGGUCCAGGAGCAUCGUGAGACUGAAGCCCAGAAACCCCGAGGACAAGAGCAGCAAGAACCUGGUGGUGAAGGCGCUGUGCGACUUCAAACAAGACCAGAAAGUGAUCUGUAAAGACAACGAGGCGAUCCUGAAGGACAACAGCCAGCGCAGUAAGUGGCAUGUGACGGGCCCCGGCGGGCUGGACAUGCUGGUGCCGUCCGUGUGCCUGAUCAUCCCACCGCCCAACCCGCUCAGCAUCAGCCUCGCCAACAAGAAUGAGCAGUACUACGAGGCCAUCCUGACUAUCUGGAACCAGCUGUACAUCAAUGUCAAGAGUCUCAUCGCCUGGCAGUACUGCCUUCUGGACAUCACACACGUCAGCUCACUCACCAUCUCAAUGUUGGCCAAGAUGCGUCCCGAGGAAUACCGACAGAUCAUCAAGAACCUGGAGACUCACUAUGAGGAGUUCAAAAUGUGCAGCCGCAGCUCCCAGAUGUUUGCUGAUGAAGACAAGAGGAGCAUAGAGAGCCAGUACACUGCAGCCCAGACGCACUACGACAAGCUGGUGGUGGAUCUGCCGGGAUACAUUGCACAUCAGGAGCAGGUGGAGGUACAGCAGGUGGCUGAGCAGCAGGUGGCUGAGCAGCAGGUGGAGCCUCCGUCGCCGCCGCAGCUGCAGCUGCAGACGCAGCAAGUGCAGCUGCAGACACAAGUGCAGCUGCAGCCGCAGCUGCAGACCCAAGUGCAGCUGCAGACACAGCCGCAGUUCAUCCUAAUCCAACAACCGCAUCAACAACUGCAUCAACUGCAUUUUCAACAGCAGCAACAAGUACAGCUUCAACAGCAGCAUCACCUGCAGCUUCAACAGCAGCAACAACUGCAGCUUCAACAGCAGCAACAACUGCAGCUUCAACAGCAGCAACAACAACAAGCGGCCGCUGAAGAAGAAGAGGCCCGGAUGCUGGAGGAAGAAAGACUGCGAGUGGAGCUUAAAAAACAGGCGGAGAAGAAAACAGAAGUUAAGAAAGAGGUGGUGAAGAAAGAGCAGGUGAUCAAGAAGGAGGUGGUGAAAGUGAUCAGGACGGAGCCGGUGAAGAGGAAAGUUGUGCGGACGUCCUCGUCUUCUUCCUCCUCCUCCUCUUCCUCUCAAAGCCUAUCGGAGCUGCACUCGCUCAGGCUGAGGCUGGAGGCCGCCGAGGGCUCGCUGAGUCAGCACGUUCACAUCUGCGUCGGAGACGACGGCGCGCGAGACUGCGGCCUCAGGAUCAUCCAGUUGGAGUCGGUGGUGCGCGACAUUGACUUGUUGCGCGAGGAGUAUUUACAUCUGAGGGAAAGUGUUUUAAAGGACCUGGGAGACAUCAAGGACUCUGACAAAGCCCAGUUCCUGCGCAGUGAGAUCGGAGUGAUCAACCAGAGACUGAGCAGUCUGGAGAACAGCUCGUCGGCUUACAUCCAGCGGCUGCGGGCUCUAAGGGACAUGCUGGAGAGCGUGGCGCGAGCCGAGGACAUCGUGAAAGUUCACGAGGCGAGACUGACAGAAAAAGAGACGACUUCUCUGAGUCCGAGCGAAGUCGACGACUACAUCUUCACACUCAAGAGUAUCCAGGAGGAGCUGGAUCAGAAGAACGAUGUUCUGGUCUCCAUGGAGACGGAGUUGACGAGGGCGAGCCACUGGAACAGCCAGGUGGGCGGAGCCUCGCACCGCUGCGACAUGAUGCUGUCCAAGUACACGGAGCAGGUGGGGACGCUGGCCGUCCGCUGGAGACGCAUCCAGGGACAGAUCAGCACCAGACUGCAGGACCUGCAGCUGUAUCUCCCUCAGCUGCAUCACUACCAGCAAACCAGCGCGGCGCUGCUCCAGUGGAUCGACGCCACGCGGAAACAACAGGACGUCCUUCGGGCCACCAAGUUUGAGGACGUGCAGGCGCUGAAGGACCUCAUCACCGAGCAGAAGGCUCUGAACGCAGAAAUCAAGGCGAGGAGGGAGACGGUGGAGAGCGUGCUGAGAGACAGCGAGGCCUGCGUGAACGCCAUCAGGGACUAUGAAACAGACCUGGUCUCUUACAGCUCCGGCCUGGAGACGCUGCUCAACGUCCCCAUCAAGAGGACGAUGCUGAAGUCUCCGUCCAUGGAUCUGCACCAGGAGGUCACGCACCUCCAGACCCGCUACAUGGAGCUGCUCACUCUCUCCAGCGACUACAGGAAAUUCCUGGGAGAGUUGCUCAAAAACGUGGAGGAGCUCAAGAUGCGCAGCACCCAGAUCGAGCUGCUGCAGGAGGAGCUGCGUCUGCUGCGGGAGGAGCUGCAGGACCACGGCGCCAAGAGCAGGUCCCUGGAGGAGGCGGUGGCCCGGUACCAGCUGGAGCUGGCCCAGUCCCAGGACCAGGUCCUGUCCCUGGAGGAGCUGAAGCAGAACACGGUGCUGCAGUGCAGCGUCACCAAGGACAGUCUGGACUCCUCCCAGAGCCAGCUGGAACACCUCAACGCUCAGCUGGAAAACCUCAACUACCUGCUGGGCGAGGAGAAGAGGAAGACCAAGCUGGCGGAGGAGCGUUACGCUCAGCAGGAAGAGGAGUACGAGUCGGUUCUGAGGAAGAGGCAGAGCGAGCUGGACCAGCUCAGCGGCUCCAAGAUGGACCUGGAGAAAUCGGUGGGGGAGAAGGAGCACGACGUCGGGCAGCUACGGCGGCAGAUGAGCCAGGAAUCAGACAAACUCAAGGACCUACAGAAGGAGAUAUCAAAGACAAGAACCAUGAUGGAAUCCAUUCAAUCGCAGUACAGCGAAACACUAAGUGAGAGAGAUGAUUUGUUGCUAAAAUUGCAGCGAUUGGAAAAGGACAAAGAUCACAAUCAAAGAAUAGAGGAAGAUCUCAGUGUCGUUAAGUCGUCUCUUGAGUCUGAGCUUCGCAAUAAGGCACUUCUUCAAGAGGAGAAUGAGAAAAUUAAGAGGGAUUUAAAUUACUGGCAGGACCAAUGCAAUGGUAAACAGAGCCUCAUCAGGGAGUACGACACGGACAAGGAGAGGAUGGAGAUGGAAAGAAAAUCCUUGAAAAGUGAGUUAGACAAGCUUGUGCUGCAACAUAAAGAGCUUGAGGAAACGUAUAAAAGUAGAGUGGAAGUGGAGGUUGACGUGGUUUUCGAUGGAGUACGAAAACCAGUCACAGCAAACCAGUUACUUGACUGUGGAGUUUUGGACAAACCAACAUUUACCCAACUUGUAAAAGGACAUAAAACCAUUCCUGAGGUUUCUGCUGACAAGAAAGUCAUUCUAAAAGGGACAGGUCCGAUAGCCGGGGUGGUGAUUGAGGGACCAAAAGGUUCUGGGUCCAGCGAAGGACCCCUUUGCAAAAUCACCUUCACUGAGGCCAAGAGAGAUAAUCUCCUCCCACCGGAUAGCGUUGACUUGCUAUUGGAUGCACAAGCUGCUACAGGUCACAUCAUUGACCCAAGGACUAAUCAGAAGCUAACAGUUGAAGAGGCUUGCAGUCAAGGUGUUGUUGAUGACGAGGACAGAGACAGGCUGCUAGCAGCAGAGGCUGCAGCUGUGGGAUACAGUGAACCUGGUGGAAGCAAACCACUGUCAGUGUUUCAGGCCAUGGAAAAGGGAUUGACCGACAAGACCACAACACUGCGUCUCCUACAAGCUCAGGAGUCCGUAGGGGGGGUUCUAGAUCCCGUACUCAGUGUGUUCCUUCCCAGAGACACAGCCAUUGAGCGUGAACUCAUUGAUAAGGAUACCUGCCAUGCUUUGAAUCAGCGGCCUCCGCUCUACCUGGACCCUGAAAAUGAGGAGGGUGUAACCUAUACGUCAAUGAAAAGAAGGUGCAAGAUAGAUCCACGCACAGGCCUUCUACUUCUUCCUAUCCCUGAGAGAAUCGAUCCUUCAAAAAUUGUCUUUGACGGUGUCCGGAAGCCUGUCACUGCCAAGCAGCUGCUUGACUGUGGUGUCCUGGAAAAGCCAACAUUUAAAGACCUAGAAAAGGGGAACAAAACAGUCCCAGAGGUGUCUGAAGACAAAAAUGUCAGUCUUAAGGGCACGGGACCUAUUGCUGGUGUCAUAGCAGGUAGUCGAGGAAAAAUGUCUUUGUCUGAAGCCAAAAAUCAAAUGCUAAUCCCUGAUGAAAGUGCAGAUAUGCUACUAGAAGCCCAGGCUGCUACAGGCCAUAUCAUUGACCCCAAAGGCAAUAAAAAGCUGACAGUAGAGGAGGCAUGUGCAAGAGGUGUUGUGGACAACAGUGAUCGAGACAGAUUAUUGGGAGCUGAAGCUGCUGCUAUAGGGUAUAAAUGUCCUAACACAGCAAAACCUGUAUCAGUUUUUGUGGCCAUGAAGAAAGGACUAAUUGAUGAAAACAGUGGCAUACGCCUACUGCAGGCCCAAAUGUCAGUGGGUGGAAUUCUGGAUCCAAAUCUCAGUGUGUUUUUACCUCAAGACACAGCUAUUGAGCGCAAGCUUAUAGAUGAAGAACUUUGUUCUGCUCUAAAACUGAGUCCUGAAUGCUAUAUUGACCCAGAAACAGAGCACAAUCUCAGUUAUGAUGCUUUAAAGGAGAGAUGCAAAAUAGAACCUCAUACAGGUCUGCUACUUCUACCAGUCUCUGAGAGGAAAGACCCUUCUCAACUGAUAUUUGAUGGUGUUCGUAAAACGGUCACGGCAAAGCAACUGCUUGAUUGUGGGGUCCUGGACAAACCAACAUUUAACCAACUAAUGAAAGGGAGCAAAACUGUUGCAGAAGUGUCUGAGGAUAAAAAGAUCCCACUAAAGGGGACUGGAUCAAUUGCUGGUGUAGAAGUUGGACCAUUAGGAAAACUGUCAUUAUCAGAGGCAAAGGAAAAGAAGAUGAUUUCUCCUGACAGUGCAGACUUGCUGCUGGAAGCUCAAGCUGCCACUGGUCACAUCAUCGAUCCCAAAACCAAUAAAAAACUGACAGUAAAGGAAGCAUGUGCAGCGGGAGUUGUGGACAAUUCUGAUCGAGAUAAACUCUUAGCAGCAGAAGCUGCUGCUGUGGGCUACCAGGAUCCUCACACCGCCCAGCCUCUUUCAGUGUUUGAGGCAAUGAAGAAGGGACUAGUUGACAAGAAGACUGGACUACGUUUGCUACAGGCCCAGGAGUCUGCAGGGGGUAUUCUAGAUCCAAACCUCAGUGUGUUCCUCCCUAAAGACACUGCAAUAAAACGCAAGCUGUUGGAUGAAGAGCUCCGUUCUGCUCUCAGUAAGAAUCCAGAGUGUUACCUUGACCCAGACACAGACCGUGAUGCCAGCUAUGGAGAUCUAAAGAAAAGGUGCAAAAUAGAUGCCAAGACAGGUUUGAACCUUCUGCCAGUCUCUGAGAGAAAAGACCCUUCCAAACUGAUGUUUGAAGGUGUCCGUAAGCCAGUCUCAGCCCAGCAGCUGUUGGAAUGUGGUGUCCUCGACAAACCAACAUUGGACAAGCUCUUGAAAGGUGAGAAAACUGUUGCUGAGGUGUCUGAGGAUAAAAAGAUCCCCUUAAAGGGGACGGGAUCAAUUGCGGGUGUAGAAGUUGGACCUUUAGGAAAACUGUCAUUGUCAGAGGCAAAGAAAAAUAAGAUGAUUCAUCCUGAAAGUGCAGACUUGCUGCUUCAAGCUCAAGCUGCCACUGGUCACAUCAUCGAUCCCAAAACCAAUAAAAAACUGACAGUAGAGGAAGCAUGUGCAGCGGGAGUUGUGGACAAUUCAGAUCGAGAUAAACUCUUAGCAGCAGAAACUGCUGCUGUGGGCUACCAGGAUCCUCACACCGCCCAGCCUCUUUCAGUGUUUGAGGCAAUGAAGAAGGGACUAGUUGACAAAAAGACUGGACUACGUUUGCUGCAGGCCCAGGAGUCUGCAGGGGGUAUUCUAGAUCCAAACCUCAGUGUGUUCCUCCCUAAAGACACCGCAAUAAAACGCAACCUAUUGGACGAAGAGCUCCGUUCUGCUCUCAGUAAGAACCCAGAGUGUUACCUUGACCCAGACACAGACCGUGAUGCCAGCUAUGGAGAUCUAAAGAAAGGGUGCAAAAUAGAUGCCAAGACAGGUUUGAUGCUUCUGCCAGUCUCUGAGAGGAAAGACCCUUCCAAACUGAUGUUUGAAGGUGUCCGUAAGCCAGUCUCAGCCCAGCAGCUGUUGGAAUGUGGUGUCCUCGACAAACCAACAUUUGACAAGCUCUUGAAAGGUGAGAAAACUGUUGCUGAGGUGUCUGUAGAUAAAAAGAUCCCUCUAAAGGGGACUGGAUCAAUUGCUGGUGUAGAAGUUGGACCAUUAGGAAAACUGUCAUUGUCAGAGGCAAAGAAAAAGAAGAUGAUUUCUCCUGACAGUGCAGACUUGCUGCUUCAAGCUCAAGCUGCCACUGGUCACAUCAUCGAUCCCAAGACCAAUAAAAAACUGACAGUAGAGGAAGCAUGUGCAGCGGGAGUUGUGGACAAUUCAGAUCGAGAUAAACUCUUAGCAGCAGAAGCUGCUGCUGUGGGCUACCAGGAUCCUCACACUGCCCAGCCUCUUUCAGUGUUUGAGGCAAUGAAGAAGGGACUAGUUGACAAAAAGACUGGACUACGUUUUCUACAGGCCCAGGAGUCUGCAGGGGGUAUUCUAGAUCCAAACCUCAGUGUGUUCCUCCCUAAAGACACUGCAAUAAAACGCAAGCUGUUGGAUGAAGAGCUCCGUUCUGCUCUCAGUAAGAACCCAGAGUGUUACCUUGACCCAGACACAGACCGUGAUGCCAGCUAUGGAGAUCUAAAGAAAAGCUGCAAAACAGAUGCCAAGACAGGUUUGAUGCUUCUGCCAGUCUCUGAGAGGAAAGACCCUUCCAAACUGAUGUUUGAAGGUGUCCGUAAGCCAGUCUCAGCACAGCAGCUGUUGGAAUGUGGUGUCCUCGACAAGCCAACGUUUGACAAGCUCUUGAAAGGUGAGAAAACUGUUGCAGAGGUGUCUGAGGAUAAAAAGAUCCCUCUAAAGGGGACUGGAUCAAUUGCUGGUGUAGAAGUUGGACAAUUAGGAAAACUGUCAUUGUCAGAGGCAAAGAAAAAGAAGAUGAUUUCUCCUGACAGUGCAGACUUGCUGCUUCAAGCUCAGGCUGCCACUGGUCACAUCAUCGAUCCCAAGACCAAUAAAAAACUGACAGUAGAGGAAGCAUGUGCAGCGGGAGUUGUGGACAAUUCAGAUCGAGAUAAACUCUUAGCAGCAGAAGCUGCUGCUGUGGGCUACCAGGAUCCUCACACCGCCCAGCCUCUUUCAGUGUUUGAGGCAAUGAAGAAGGGACUUGUUGACAAGAAGACUGGACUACGUUUGCUACAGGCCCAGGAGUCUGCAGGGGGUAUUCUAGAUCCAAACCUCAGUGUGUUCCUCCCUAAAGACACUGCAAUAAAACGGAAGCUGUUGGAUGAAGAGCUCCAUUCUGCUCUCAGUAAGAACCCAGAGUGUUACUUUGACCCAGAAACAGACCGUGAUGCCAGCUAUGGAGAUCUAAAUAAAAGGUGCAAAACAGAUGCCAAGACAGGUUUGAUGCUUCUGCCAGUUUCUGAGAGGAAAGACCCUUCCAAACUGAUGUUUGAAGGUGUCCGUAAGCCAGUCUCAGCACAGCAGCUGUUGGAAUGUGGUGUCCUCGACAAACCAACAUUUGACAAGCUCUUGAAAGGUGAGAAAACUGUUGCAGAGGUGUCUGUAGAUACAAAGAUCCCUCUAAAGGGGACUGGAUCAAUUGCUGGUGUAGAAGUUGGACCUUUAGGAAAACUGUCAUUAUCAGAGGCAAAGAAAAAGACGAUGAUUUCUCCUGACAGUGCAGACUUGCUGCUGGAAGCUCAAGCUGCCACUGGUCACAUCAUCGAUCCCAAGACCAAUAAAAAACUGACAGUAGAGGAAGCAUGUGCAGCGGGAGUUGUGGACAAUUCAGAUCGAGAUAAACUCUUAGCAGCAGAAGCUGCUGCUGUGGGCUACCAGGAUCCUCACACCGCCCAGCCUCUUUCAGUGUUUGAGGCAAUGAAGAAGGGACUAGUUGACAAGAAGACUGGACUACGUUUGCUACAGGCCCAGGAGUCUGCAGGGGGUAUUCUAGAUCCAAACCUCAGUGUGUUCCUCCCUAAAGACACUGCAAUAAAACGCAAGCUGUUGGAUGAAGAGCUCCGUUCUGCUCUCAGUAAGAACCCAGAGUGUUACCUUGACCCAGACACAGACCGUGAUGCCAGCUAUGGAGAUCUAAAGAAAAGGUGCAAAAUAGAUGCCAAGACAGGUUUGAUGGUUCUGCCAGUCUCUGAGAGGAAAGACCCUUCCAAACUGAUGUUUGAAGGUGUCCGUAAGCCAGUCUCAGCACAGCAGCUGUUGGAAUGUGGUGUCCUCGACAAACCAACGUUUGACAAGCUCUUGAAAGGUGAGAAAACGGUUGCACAGGUGUCUGAGGAUAAAAAAAUCCCUCUAAAGGGGACUGGAUCAAUUGCUGGUGUAGAAGUUGGACCAUUAGGAAAACUGUCAUUGUCAGAGGCAAAGAAAAAGAAGAGUAUUUCUCCUGACAGUGCAGACUUGCUGCUGGAAGCUCAAGCUGCCACUGGUCACAUCAUCGAUCCCAAGACCAAUAAGAAACUGACGGUAGAGGAAGCAUGUGCAGCGGGAGUUGUGGACAAUUCUGUUCGAGAUAAACUCUUAGCAGCAGAAGCUGCUGCUGUGGGCUACCAGGAUCCUCACACCGCCCAGCGUCUUUCAGUGUUUGAGGCAAUGAAUAAGGGACUAGUUGACAAGAAGACUGGACUACGUUUGCUACAGGCCCAGGAGUCUGCAGGGGGUAUUCUAGAUCCAAACCUCAGUGUGUUCCUCCCUAAAGACACUGCAAUAAAACGCAAGCUGUUGGAUGAAGAGUUCCGUUCUGCUCUCAGUAAGAAUCCAGAAUGUUACCUUGACCCAGACACAGACCGUGAUGCCAGCUAUGGAGAUCUAAAGAAAAGGUGCAAAACAGAUGCCAAGACAGGUUUGAUGCUUCUGCCAGUCUCUGAGAGGAAAGACCCUUCCAAACUGAUGUUUGAUGGUGUCCGUAAGCCAGUCUCAGCACAGCAGCUGUUGGAUUGUGGUGUCCUCGACAAACCAACAUUUGACAAGCUCUUGAAAAGUGAGAAAACUGUUGCAGAGGUGUCUAAAGAUAAAAAGAUUGCUCUAAAGGGGACUGGAUCAAUUGCUGGUGUAGAAGUUGGACCAUUAGGAAAACUGUCAUUGUCAGAGGCAAAGAAAAAGAAGAUGAUUUCUCCUGAAAGUUCAGACUUGUUGCUUCAAGCUCAAGCUGCCACUGGUCACAUCAUCGAUCCCAAGACCAAUAAAAAACUGACCGUAGAGGAAGCAUGUGCAGCGGGAGUUGUGGACAAUUCAGAUCGAGAUAAACUCUUAGCAGCAGAAGCUGCUGCUGUGGGCUACCAGGAUCCUCACACCGCCCAGCCUCUUUCAGUGUUUGAGGCAAUGAAGAAGGGACUUGUUGACAAGAAGACUGGACUACGUUUGCUACAGGCCCAGGAGUCUGCAGGGGGUAUUCUAGAUCCAAACCUCAGUGUGUUCCUCCCUAAAGACACUGCAAUAAAACGCAAGCUGUUGGAUGGAGAGCUCCGUUCUGCUCUCAGUAAGAACCCAGAGUGUUACCUCGACCCAGACACAGACCGUGAUGCCAGCUAUGGAGAUCUAAAGAAAAGCUGCAAAACAGAUGCCAAGACAGGUUUGAUGCUUCUGCCAGUCUCUGAGAGGAAAGACCCUUCCAAACUGAUGUUUGAAGGUGUCCGUAAGCCAGUCUCAGCACAGCAGCUGUUGGAAUGUGGUGUCCUCGACAAACCAACAUUUGACAAGCUCUUGAAAGGGAAGAAAACUGUUGCAGAGGUGUCUAAAGAUAACAAGAUUCCUCUAAAGGGGACUGGAUCAAUUGCUGGUGUAGAAGUUGGACCAUUAGGAAAACUGUCAUUGUCAGAGGCAAAGAAAAAGAAGAGUAUUUCUCCUGACAGUGCAGACUUGCUGCUGGAAGCUCAAGCUGCCACUGGUCACAUCAUCGAUCCCAAGACCAAUAAAAAACUGACAGUAAGGGAAGCAUGUGCAGCGGGAGUUGUGGACAAGUCAGAUCGAGAUAAACUCUUAGCAGCAGAAGCUGCUGCUGUGGGCUACCAGGAUCCUCACACUGCCCAGCCUCUUUCAGUGUUUGAGGCAAUGAAGAAGGGACUUGUUGACAAGAAGACUGGACUACGUUUGCUACAGGCCCAGGAGUCUGCAGGGGGUAUUCUAGAUCCAAACCUCAGUGUGUUCCUCCCUAAAGACACCGCAAUAAAACGCAAGUUGUUGGAUGAAGAGCUCCAUUCUGCUCUCAGUAAGAACCCAGAGUGUUACCUUGACCCAGACACAGACCGGGAUGCCAGCUAUGGAGAUCUAAAGAAAAGGUGCAAAACAGAUGCCAAGACAGGUUUGAUGCUUCUGCCAGUCUCUGAGAGGAAAGACCCUUCCAAACUGAUGUUUGAAGGUGUCCGUAAGCCAGUCUCAGCACAGCAGCUGUUGGAUUGUGGUGUCCUCGACAAACCAACGUUUGACAAGCUCUUGAAAGGUGAGAAAACGGUUGCACAGGUGUCUGAGGAUAAAAAAAUCCCUCUAAAGGGGACUGGAACAAUUGCUGGUGUAGAAGUUGGACCUUUAGGAAAACUGUCAUUGUCAGAGGCAAAGAAAAAGAAGAUGAUUUCUCCUGACAGUGCAGACUUGCUGCUUCAAGCUCAAGCUGCCACUGGUCACAUCAUCGAUCCCAAGACCAAUAAGAAACUGACGGUAGAGGAAGCAUGUGCAGCGGGAGUUGUGGACAAUUCUGUUCGAGAUAAACUCUUAGCAGCAGAAGCUGCUGCUGUGGGCUACCAGGAUCCUCACACCGCCCAGCGUCUUUCAGUGUUUGAGGCAAUGAAGAAGGGACUUGUUGACAAGAAGACUGGACUACGUUUGCUACAGGCCCAGGAGUCUGCAGGGGGUAUUCUAGAUCCAAACCUCAGUGUGUUCCUCCCUAAAGACACCGCAAUAAAACGCAACCUAUUGGAUGAAGAGCUCCAUUCUGCUCUCAGUAAGAACCCAAAGUGUUACCUUGACCCAGACACAGACCGUGAUGCCAGCUAUGGAGAUCUAAAGAAAAGGUGCAAAACAGAUGCCAAGACAGGUUUGAUGCUUCUGCCAGUCUCUGAGAGGAAAGACCCUUCCAAACUGAUGUUUGAUGGUGUCCGUAAGCCAGUCUCAGCACAGCAGCUGUUGGAAUGUGAUGUCCUCGACAAACCAACAUUUGACAAGCUCUUGAAAGGUGAGAAAACUGUUGCAGAGGUGUCUGUAGAUACAAAGGUCUUCCUAAAGGGAACAGGAUCCAUUGCUGGUGUGGCAGCUGGACCUUUAGGGAAGAUGUCUUUUACAGAAGCCAAAAAGCAGAAAAUGUUGUCAUCUGACAGUGCAGACAUGCUUCUAAUAUCUCAAGCAGCCACAGGUCAUAUUAUAGACCCUCGGACUAAUCAGAAACUGACAGUGGAGGAAGCAUGUGCAGCGGGAGUUGUGGACAAUUCUGAUCGAGAUAAACUCUUAGCAGCAGAAGCUGCUGCUGUGGGCUACCAGGAUCCUCACACCGCCCAGCCUCUUUCACUGUUUGAGGCAAUGAAGAAGGGACUUGUUGACAAGAAGACUGGACUACGUUUGCUACAGGCCCAGGAGUCUGCAGGGGGUAUUCUAGAUCCAAACCUCAGUGUGUUCCUCCCUAAAGACACCGCAAUAAAACGCAAGCUGCUGGAUGAAGAGCUCCGUUCUGCUCUCAGUAAGAACCCAGAGUGUUACCUUGACCCAGACACAGACUGUGAUGCCAGCUAUGGAAAUCUAAAGAAAAGGUGCAAAAUAGAUGCCAAGACAGGUUUGAACCUUCUGCCAGUCUCUGAGAGGAAAGACCCUUCCAAACUGAUGUUUGAAGGUGUCCGUAAGCCAGUCUCAGCACAGCAGCUGUUGGAUUGUGGUGUCCUUGACAAACCAACAUUUGACAAGCUCUUGAAAGGGAAGAAAACUGUUGCAGAGGUGUCUAAAGAUAACAAGAUUCCUCUAAAGGGUACUGGAUCAAUUGCUGGUGUAGAAGUUGGACCUUUAGGAAAACUGUCAUUGUCAGAGGCAAAGAAAAAGAAGAUGAUUUCUCCUGACAGUGCAGACUUGCUGCUGGAAGCUCAAGCUGCCACUGGUCACAUCAUCGAUCCCAAGACCAAUAAAAAACUGACAGUAGAGGAAGCAUGUGCAGCAGGAGUUGUGGACAAUUCUGUUCGAGAUAAACUCUUAGCAGCAGAAGCUGCUGCUGUGGGCUACCAGGAUCCUCACACCGCCCAGCCUCUUUCAGUGUUUGAGGCAAUGAAGAAGGGACUUGUUGACAAGAAGACUGGACUACGUUUGCUACAGGCCCAGGAGUCUGCAGGGGGUAUUCUAGAUCCAAACCUCAGUGUUUUCCUCCCUAAAGACAUCGCAAUAAAACACAAGCUGUUGGAUGAAGAGCUCCGUUCUGCUCUCAGUAAGAACCCAGAGUGUUACCUUGACCCAGACACAGACCGUGAUGCCAGCUAUGGAGAUCUAAAGAAAAGGUGCAAAACAGAUGCCAAGACAGGUUUGAUGGUUCUGCCAGUCUCUGAGAGGAAAGACCCUUCCAAACUGAUGUUUGAAGGUGUCCGUAAGCCAGUCUCAGCACAGCAGCUGUUGGAAUGUUGUGUCCUAGACAAAACAACAUUUGACAAGCUCUUGAAAGGUGAGAAAACUGUUGCAGAGGUGUCUGUAGAUACAAAGGUCUUUCUAAAGGGAACAGGAUCCAUUGCUGGCGUGGCAGCUGGACCUUUAGGGAAGAUGUCUUUUACAGAAGCCAAAAAGCAAAAAAUUAUGUCAUAUGACAGUGCAAACAUGCUUCUAAUAUCUCAAGCAGCCACAGGUCAUAUUAUAGACCCUCGGACUAAUCAGAAACUGACAGUCAAAGAGGCUUCUGCCAAAGGAGUAGUGGACAAGGAGGAUGAAUCAAUGCUGUUUGCAGCUGAGGCUGCCGUUAUAGGAUAUAGAGACCCAAGUACUUCCAAGCUCAUGACAGCUGGCCAAGCAAUGAGAAAGGGAUUAAUUGACAAGGAUACUGCUCUCUGUGUCCUUCAGGCUCAAGAGUCUGUUGGUGGAAUUUUGGACCCUACCCUCAAUGUGUUCUUACCUAAAGACAUUGCCAUGGAUAGGGAUCUUAUUGAUGAGGACUUAUACCAGGCCCUAAACCAGUCCCCUGAGUGUUAUCUCGACCCAGAUACCCAAAAACCAACUACAUAUAUGUCACUCCAGAAAAAAUGUAAAUCUGAUCCUAGCACAGGUCUCUUGCUUCUGCCCACACCAAAAAAGCCACCAUCCAUAAAGGGGCUUAGGAACGAAGUGUCCGUCAUGGAUCUGGUGGACGCAAACCUGCUGGAGCGUUCUGAUGUGGACCAGCUGUAUGAAGGUAAAUUGACAAGCAAAGACAUUGAAGACCGCCUGCACUCAUACCUGAAAGGUUCCACUUGCAUCGCAGGAAUUUAUGAUGAGGCUAAGAAUAAGAUUCUGCCAUUCUAUCAAGCCAUGAAAGAUGGACUGUUGCGACCUGGCACCACUCUGGAGCUGCUUGAAGCCCAAGCUGCAUCAGGUUUUAUAGUUGAUCCUGUCAAUAAUCUUUACCUGACUGUCCACGAAGCUUACAACAAAAGACUGUUUGGGCCAGAGUUUAAGGACAAACUGUUAUCAGCAGAGAAGGCUGUUACUGGCUACGAACUACCUGGAACAGACAAGAUAAUCUCCCUCUUCCAGGCAAUAGAGAAGGGUCUAGUGGAGAAAGGUCAUGGUAUCCGCCUUCUAGAGGCCCAAAUUGCUGCUGGCGGAAUCAUUGAUCCUAAAUACAGCCAUCGUAUUGAUGUGAACGUAGCCUACAAAAGAGGUUACUUUGAUGAAGAAAUGAACAAGAUCCUUAUUGAUGAGAGUGAUGAUACUAAAGGUUUCUUUGAUCCAAAUACAGAGGAAAACCUAACUUAUCUGGGACUUUUGAAACGCUGUAUCGUAGAUAAGAAGACUAACCUUCUUCUGUUGCCUCUCACUGAGAAGAAUAAGCAAGAGCCAACACUUACAAACACCCUACGGAAGAGGAGAGUGAUAAUUGUGGAUCCGGAGACUAACAAAGAAAUGACAGUGCGUGAAGCCUAUGACAAAGGGUAUAUCGACUAUGCUACCUUAAUGGAGCUGUCGGAGCACGAGUGUGAGUGGGAAGAGAUCAUUACCACUGCACCAGAUGGCUCCACAAGACUUGUUAUCCUGGACAGAAGAACUAGAAGGCAGUAUGACACCACUGAGCUCCUUCAAAGGCAAGUCAUUGAUGAAUCAAUUCUAGAACAGUACCGCUCACGAAAGAUCACCCUCACUCAGUUUGCAGAUAUCAUCACGGAGAGGACCAAAUAUCAAUCGGUGUCAUCACCUUCAGCAACCUCACCCACAUCUUCAGUGAUGUCAACAUCAGCUUCAACAAAAUCAGCAUCGUUGGAAACAUCUUCACUGACGUCAACCACCUUAAGAGCUUCAGAAACCUCAAUUGCAGCGUCAUCAUCUUCUUCCUUCACCUCCUUAUCAACAGUUGAAUCAAGAUCUUUAUCACCUACUGUCACCAAGAUGACCACAACAAGAACUACCACCGUCACAGGGCAGAGCAGCUCAACCAGCAGUGUGUCUCAUGGUUAUACUGACGUCUCCAAACAUGCAUCCAGUGUAUCUAUCACUUUGUCCAGUCCUACGGAAACAGUGGGUGAGCUGGGACCUGUGGGUGCCAUUUUUGACACAGACACCGUUGAGAAGAUAUCUAUAACAGAGGCUGUAAUUCGUGGCAUAGUGGAUGGAGUCACUGCCCAGAGGUUGCUGGAGGCCCAAGCCUGCACUGGUGGGAUUGUUAACCCCACAAACGGCCAGAGGGUCAGCACCCAGGAGGCCACUCGCAUGGGCAUAAUCAGUCAGGACAUGGCCACUAAACUCAAACCUGCUCAGAAAACCUACAUCGGCUUUGAGAACGUCAAAACCAAGAAGAAGAUGUCGGUUUCCGAGGCCAUGAAGGAGAUGUGGCUGCCAUACGAAGCAGGACAGAGAUUCAUGGAGUUCCAGGUUGCAACCGGCGGGCUUUACGACCCAGAAAUGGGCUGCAGAAGAACCAUAGAUGAUGCUUUCAAAAUGGGCUGGCUGGAUGUGAGAACAGCGCAGAGGCUCCAAGACUUCAGCCACCACACAAAGAACCUGACAUGCCCCAAGAGCAAACUAAGAAUAUCUUACAAAGAGGCUCUGGAUAACUGCCUGAUGGAGGAGGACACCGGGGUCAGAAUGCUGCAGGCAUCAAUGGUGUCUUCUAGAGGAAUCAGUAGUCCAUACAGUAUUGGCUCGGCCCCCGGUUCCACUGCCGGCUCCAGGACCGGCUCCCAACGAUCCUCCCGCCGGAGCAGCCUGGACAUGGGCUCCCCGUUAGCUAGGCACUACGGUUAUAGCAGCUUCCCUUCAUUCUACUAACUAAAAAAAGGAAGACAAGGUUCUGUUCCUGGAUGCUUUUUUCAAUAGAGAGUAUGCAUUGAUGUCACUUCCCCACUGGACCACGCCCCCUUACACUGGACCACGCCCCCUUACUCGCACUGAGUGGCAAAAAUGUCUGCAACUAGUGGAGAAGACGGGAUAACCAGUGAUCCAUGGACAUUAAUAUUUGGCCACGAAUCCAGUUUCCUGAUAUUUCUAUGUACUUAAUUUCUACUCCGGGGAAAUACACAAAGCAAAGCUUGAAGGCUUACAAAUGUUUUGAAGCUUGGUCCGCCUUCAACGCAGGAUUUGUUGUAUUAAUUAAAGUGAUGAGGACACCGAACUUUAUGAUUUGACCGUUUAACGUUAGCUACCCAAAAAUCCAACAUUACCUGGUACAAAAUGGGAACCACAAAUCCACGUUUCGGUGUCUGGAAUCCAGUUGUUUCUGUGAAUUGCAGAGAUCCAUUCGUCUCUCUUAAGCUUAUUUUUCCGCAGUCUGUAAAACGAUAACUCCGAUUUCUUGCUAAAUCUAUGAGUACAGUCGAUCGCACAACAGCUCUUUCCCAUUUUAGAUGUUUUCCAGUUGCUCAAACUGAAAGUUUACGCUGCCACUCAGUCUUUCUGCCACUCAGUCUUUCUGCCACUCAGUCUUUCUGCCACCCAGUGUUUGUAACCCGCUGUGAAGUCGCAUCGUGACAUCAUGAGCAUUCCCUCUAUUGAACAUUUCUGCUUUGCGUGUUCAGAUAAAAAAUAAUGUUAUAGAUUCUUCUUAAUCUGUCAGGCUCAUACGUUGGUGUUACUGCAUUUAAAAUUUUGCUAUUCAAAUUCUAAGGAUGAAGAAAACUUUUUUUAACAACUGACAAGAAUGACAAGCAGCAUCAUUCAAGUAUAUGGAUUGAAAUGUUUUUUAUUACAAUUCUUGGUGUUCCUGAAGUGGGUAUAGAAAUGAUUACCGUCUUAUCAUAUAUCCACUGUUUUGCUUAUAUUUUUUCCAGAACUUCAGAAAAUGUGGUAUUUUCAUCACAGUUUGAUUUUUGUAAAAUAGUGUUUUAUUGUCUUUUUUUUUCUGCCAACUGUACUUUUUUGGUGGGGAAUGGUAAAAUGUUGGUGAAUAAGCUUGCUGAAUGGUUUUUAUUUUCUAAACUAAACAAUUUCUAAAAAAAAAGAUCUCUUUCUGUUUAAUGCUUUCAGUUUUUAAAUAUUUU